CAGCGCCGGGCGGGGGAAGCCGCCGGUCCAGAGUUUGCACGCCUGCUUUCGCGCCACUCACCAUCCUCGCUCAGUCUCACCAUGGUGGACUCCUUCGUGGGCACCUGGAAGCUAGUCGAAAGCAAGAAUUUCGAUGACUACAUGAAAUCACUCGGUGUGGGUUUUGCUACCAGGCAAGUGGCCAACAUGACCAAGCCCACCACAAUCAUCGAGAAGAAAGGCGACACUAUUGUCCUAAAAACACAGAGCACCUUCAAGAACACAGAGAUCAGCUUCAAGCUGGGGGUGGAGUUCGAUGAGACCACAGCAGAUGACAGGAAGGUCAAGUCCAUUGUGACACUGGAUGGUGACAAGCUUGUCCAUGUGCAGAAGUGGGAUGGACAGGAGACGACAUUAGUGCGGGAACUAAGUGACGGAAAACUCAUUCUGACGCUCACCCACGGCAGUGCAGUUAGCACUCGCACUUACGAGAAAGAUGCGUGACGGGCCCAUGUCAGCACCGACUGCUCCUCUGCCAACCAGCUACCCCUCAACUCAGCACCACAUUGCCUCAGUUUUUUUCCUCUUGUGUUUUGUAUAAACCUGCCUUAGUUGGGGGAAUUCUUACAGGGUCGGGUAGCAUCAGCCUGGAUCCAGUUUUAGUUCUCAUUGUGUACGGGUUUUUAAAAAAAUUGCAUUGAGGGUGUUCUGAGGUUAAUAAAGCAGAACUAAGGCCACCCUACUGAAUGUUUGCUUUGGUGGCAUGA